CGGCGGCGGGAGCGAGAGGCGGCGAGAAAUGAGAAAGAGAGACGGAGGGAUGGAUUGAGCGCGCGAAGAGGUAGGGUUAAGGAGCGUGGGCGCGAUUUUCUAUAUAAGCGCGUUCACCACGAGAACUGGUACCUGUCCGUCCGCGACGGCCGAGCAGAGGACGGAGCGCGUUGGGUUCGCCCCCUCCCUCCGCUCCUCCCGCCUGUCGGCCUCUUUCUCUCUCUCUCUCUCUCUCUCUUCAUCCGCGCGGGUCAUUCGUCCCUCCCCCACCGGGUGGUUCGUCGUCCCCGGCUCUCCCCGUCGUCUCCGCGAGGAUGUUCACCAUGUUCUCGGGCACGAUGAAGAUCGAGAUCUGCGAGGCGAGGAAGCUCCGCGCGACCGACAAGCAGCGCAAGUUCUGGAAGGAGAAGGAGGAGCCCACGCUCGACCCGUACGUGCAGCUCGACGUUGACGAGCUGCACCUGGCGCGCACCACCACCAAGCUGAAGACCUCGGACCCGGUCUGGAACGAGUCCUUCAUCCACGAGGUGCAGCAGGCGGUCUUCCUCGGUCUCACCAUCUUCCACGACGCGGUGCUGCCGCCGGAUUAUUUCAUUGCCAAUUGCAACAUCCCGUUCACGGAGAUCGUCAAGAACCUCUACGACGGGAUCAACGAUUUCUGGGUUGACCUAGAACCUCAGGGAAAGUUGCGACUAAAAAUAUCCAUGUGGAAUGCGCCAAUACGGCAGCCAAGUUUCUAUGGGGAAUAUAGCGGCGGGGAACACAGUCGCGUUAAGGGCAAGAAGGACCGACACGAGUUUAAGGAGAAAAAACAGGCCUUGAACCGUCGGAGGGCGAUGCGACGUAGGAUACAUCAGAUCAAUGGGCACAAAUUCAUGGCUACCUUUCUGCGGCAACCGACGUUUUGUUCGCACUGCCGCGACUUUAUUUGGGGCUUUGGCAAGCAGGGCUAUCAGUGUCAAGUAUGCACCUGCGUAGUCCACAAGAGAUGUCACAUGUUGGUGAUAACCAAGUGUCCAGGAAUGAAAGAUGAGGGUUGCACAGCAGCCGGAUUACAGGCGGCCCAAGGCACAGAAAUAGCGCGCUUCAAUAUAGACGUUCCCCAUCGGUUUGCGCUUCAUAAUUAUAAAAGGUUUACAUUUUGUGACCAUUGCGGAUCCCUGCUGUACGGUUUGUUCAAGCAGGGCUUACAAUGCGAAGCUUGUAACAUGAAUGUUCAUAAACGAUGUCAAAAGAAUGUUCCAAACAGCUGCGGUAUCAAUACCAAGGCUAUGAGCGAAAUUCUGAAGACGAUAAAUUUCUCCGCAAACAAGCAAUCAAGAGCUCCGAAAAUUAGAGUAUCUUCACGACCGCAAACACCUACAAUUGCAGAAAAGGAAGAGGAUCAAGAUGACAAAAACUACAAGAAGGAUAAAAAGGGGAUGAAAAAGGGGCAGAAGAAAGGACAGAAGGAAAAAACGAUAAAAGAGUCAAAAGAUGACCAGACCAAAAAACACUCGAAAAGACAUUCGGAUGAUCAGGAGGAGACGGACGAACUGACAGAGGAACAGACUGAUGAAAUGGGCACGGACAGUUCACAGGCGAGCCACAGGGACAGUUAUGCCAAAGACGACGAUAGAAGUAACAGUGAUUUAAGAAGAUUUGGUUUAGAGGACUUUAAUUUUAUCAAGGUCCUUGGUAAGGGUAGUUUCGGUAAAGUGAUGUUGGUCGAGCUGAAGGCUAGUCCCGACGAGAUUUACGCCGUGAAAAUCUUGAAGAAGAGUGUCAUCAUUCAAGACGACGACGUGGACUGCACGAUGACGGAAAAGAGGAUUUUAACCCUCGCGGCGAGACAUCCUUUCCUGACGGCCAUCCACAGUUGUUUCCAAACGUCUGACCGACUCUUCUUCGUUAUGGAAUACGUGAAAGGAGGCGAUCUGAUGUUCCAUAUCCAGAAGGCUCGAAAGUUCGACGAACCGAGGGCACGUUUCUACGCAGCGGAAGUGAUACUCGCGCUUCAGUUCUUGCAUAGAAAUCAUAUUAUAUACCGUGAUCUGAAACUGGACAACAUACUGCUGGAUGCAGAAGGACAUUGUAAACUGGCGGACUUCGGAAUGUGCAAGGAGAAUAUAAUCGAGGGAGAAACGACAACAUCGACAUUCUGUGGUACGCCGGACUAUAUAGCUCCCGAGAUACUCCAAGAAUUGCCGUAUGGUGCUAGUGUUGAUUGGUGGGCUCUCGGUGUUUUGUUAUACGAAAUGGUAGCUGGACAACCACCCUUCGAGGCCGAGAACGAGGACGAUCUGUUCGAAUCGAUCUUACGGGAUGACUUAGUGUUUCCAGGGUGGGUUUCUCCGGAAGCGGAGUCUGUUUUAAAAGCCUUUAUGACCAAGAAUCCUGCCAAGCGAUUAGGUUGUGUUGCAGCCGACGGUGGCGAAAGUGCCAUAAGGGUCCAGCCAUUUUUCAAAUAUCUAGAUUGGGAAGCUCUCGAAACGCGUAAAAUAAAACCUCCAAUCAGACCUAAAAUUAAAAAUGAAAAAGAUGCCUUGAACUUUGAUACGGAAUUCACGAAGGAGGAUCCUGUGUUAACGCCGGAAAGUGCGGAUAAAUUGGGUGACAUCAAUCAAGAAGAGUUUCGUGGUUUCUCCAUAGUAAAUAGGGACUUCAAUCCAUUCAGAUCUUAGGCCUGCAAAAUAAGAGCGCAAGCAGGACUGUAAGGAGCACUUACCUUUGUUUCCCGGACACCCGGAUCCUCACGAUACCGACCUUUCGAGCUCGUACGAGAAUGGGAAUUCUUUGCGCCACUUCGAAGUUACGAGGGCGAUGUGAGGGAAGGGAGCCCGAGACACAUUCGUUGACCGUGCGUCUCGCUGUCGUAGCUAGAGCGAUCGCGCGUUGACCAGCAAAUUGUAACGUUCCAAGCGCGCUAGGGGUUAUUAACUUUCCCAAUGUGGAGACUGUGUCGAUACCUUUCUUCUCCUGUGUACUUCCAUGUGUAUACCUCCCGCUAUACCAACACCGUGGCGUCUCCUACAAAUCGUGUAUAUUGAUUCGCGCCACGGUAUCCCCGUCACCGACCGGUCGUAAUCCGAUUACGGCCGCUAAUUGCACGUCUCCUUAUAUUUAUCGGCGUUUUUUCUCGUCCCCUGUGACUCGUCUAUCGUCUUCGGCCCGUCGACGCGAUAGAGAACCUAUCUCGAUGUAAAAGUACCUGACGAAGACACAAGACGAUCGAUAGCUCGCAUCUUUUCGUAUUCUUGGCAUCGUCGAACAUAAUUUUCGGGUCUAUAUUCGCAAAACAAAGGGGGAAAAAGAAACAACUAUUUAUUAACGUUUCGUCGACGUACGCGCAUCCUUCUUCGGCCCGUCGACGCGAUAGGAAAAUCUAUCUCGAUGUAAAAAGUACCUGAUGAAGGCGCAAGACGACCGUUAGCUCGCGUCUCUUCGUAUUCUCGGUGUCAUCAAACAUGAUUACUAUGCUCAUAUUUUUUCACCGAGCCUACGGAGCUUCAGCGACACACACGCGCGAAUUCUAUCCCGGCCCGUCGAUACGCGAUGGAGGGUUCUCUCGUUUGUAAAAGUACCUGACGAAAGCGCAAAUGACGGACAACGUUCGUUCGAGUCUCCCUCAUAUUCGUAACACCAGUCAAACGUGAUUACCGAACUCGCAUUCUCCCGGCGCGUCUAUGAAGCUUCGUCGGCAUACGUGUAUUUACCAUGAAUCUAGUCAGAACGGAGAUUUACGGAACGGUCCCUGAGGAUUCGUGUUACGGUGAUCGAGUCAAAGUCUUAGAGAGAAGAGAGCGAGAGAAACGGGUUAGUUCGGCCUACGCUUUAAGAAGAAGAAAAACAAAAUAACAAAGCAUUAAAGACGGUCUCGUGCGUUAUUUCGAAAGAAAAUUACAGCUAUAUCGUAUACUUAUAUUGUUAUGUCUAGGAUUACAAUGUACGUGCAUUAAAACGGCAAAAAAAGAAAAACAGUGAAGAGGGUCGUACGGCGCGACUUCUCCUGUUAGAUUUAUAUCGAGUGUUAUCGGAUGUCUAUUUCGGCGUAUCAGUCCUCUCGUUUCUCGUGACGAUAUAUACAUAUGUAUAUAUAUGCAUAUAUGUAUAUGUACACGCAUCGACAAAUGCCGUCCCUAUUUGUGUAAGACGCACAUACACACACACACACACACAGACAAACAAGCGGGUGACUAAUCCGAUCAUCGGACGAUCGCGGUGCGAUUUUCGGAUUGAUCGUUCGCUUUUUGUGUGCGUGCGCCUCACACGGAUAGGGACGGCAUUUAUGCCGGUGCGUGUAUAUACAUAUUUAUUAUCGCGGUCAUACGCUCGUGUCGCGUUACCUCGACGAUCGCCGAACGGAUCUACGAAAGAACACAACAAUUGCCGUCCUUAGCACAUCGAUUCGACAAAAUCGACUCCGACGUAACGUCAAAAUUCCUUUCGGAUCUCAGUACACCUUGUGAUAAGCUCUCUCUCGAGAACACCCGAUAACCGAAUUGUUGUCCGUUCGAGCGACGCGGUGAUUCUGAAAGCCAAGUGAGGUGGUAUUCUAACUUCUCGUCUUCGACGGUCAUCGAGGACCGCGAGAACGGGUGCGUUAGUUUAUUUGCCUGCUUCCUUCUGUUAAGUUAAAUCGCUCGCGACGGCAUACGCACUCUUCCAUUAAUUUUCUCGCGAGUGUAAGAUAAAUACGGGAGUGUUUUUAGUUUAGAAAGUAUUUCCAAAGUCGCGUGAGUUUUUAUUAUUCAGAGAUUUUUAUCGAAACGUUACUUGUACGGUUAAAGCGACGUCCCUCCAAUUCCAUAUUUAUAACUUUCCUGUUAUGAUAGGUCAGAUUACUUACCGAUUUGUACUCCUUUUGUAUAGUGCCGGUUGCUUCGUUCAAUUGAUGGUUGCGUUACACCCGUGCUGAACGUCGUUGCAACCGUUGAUUAAACGUCAAAUUCGUCGUUAAGAUUUUUACAUUAAGACGAAAUUUAUCGUCUAGGUGAUGCUUAAUUUUUUUUGUAGUUUCUUUUUUUUUAAUUACAAUUAACGCAAUUUGUACUUGCGAGGGAGAACUAUCGUCGUCGGGAAGCUAUCUGGAUUUAGGACACCGACAGGAUUAUCUCGACGAUAGUGCUCCACAACUCGAUUCCCCGAUCUGCGAGUAUUCGCCGUGAGAUUUUUGUAAUGACUAGUCACUCGUUUAAUGCACAAAGAAAAUGACCUGCUGUUAACGCGGGUUGUCCGCUAUUUUCCUGCAUCGUCUACCGGGCACCUGCGUCGUAUUCUAUUUAGAACCAAAGUGACACAGAACUUGUAUAUUACGUUUGUAGUGACAAAACGUCACGUAUAGCCCGAACGAAAGGUUGAGGGCAGGUGCAAUGCGUAGAUUUGAUGCCAUUGCAAUGCAAUGGAUUUGAUUUUAAUGUCAGUUGAUGUAAUAUUGUUGUAUGUAUAUAUAAAUGUAUGAUUGUAUGAUAUACAUAUAUAUAUGUGUAUAUAUAAAUAUAUAAAUAUAUAUAUAUGUAAAUGUAAUAUUGUUGUACGUAUAUCCAAAUAGCGUAUUAACAAAAGAAUGAUAUAAAUCGUAAAUGCAAGAAAAAUGCUAAACGAGAAAGAAAUUAACAUUGUUGCAAUAUAGAGAUUAGGUGGAGCGCCGAAGAUACGAGUGGACCGGGUCCAGUUUCGAAGAGGUUCAAGUCCAAGAUAUCCGGCGAGACACCUCGCGGACUCUAUACUUUUCAUAACUAUAAGAUAGGCCAUGUAUAUUUUCUGUGAUCACUUGUGUUACUUCACAUUAGUCGCGCGCGUUUCUUUUAUAACACAAUGACUUAAAAUUCGAAAUUGGCGUCGUGAAACUUGGUCCAUUUAUGUUUCCAGCGCUUCAAGUGAAUAGGAUCUCGUGACUACCGACGAUAGUACCUUUCUAAGAUAUAAGGAGAUACAUGUAUAUGUAUAUAUGUAUGCAUAUAUAUAUACAUAUAUAAAUGUAUAUGUAUAUAUGUUACAAUUGCAUUGUAGAAUGAUGUCCUUUUUGUUUCUUCAGACCUACAUUAAAAUCCCUAAGUUUGAUUUCAGUUCAACGAUCUUGAUGUUAGUCAAGAUACGAGAAAAUGAAGUAGGGAUUGAUGUCGCUGAACCCGAAUGAAUCUUGGAUUUUAUUCUGGGUCUGAAAAAUAAGAAGAGCGCGUGCAAUAUGGAACUCUAUAUAUCGUCUUAUGCCUGUGUGUGAUGCACGGUGUCGGAUAAAAUCAAUAUAAAGAGAAAAAGAAACGUUUCGAGAGAGAAUCCUGUAAAUAAUCAGCGUUAAUAAUCAGCAUCAGCUUCGCUUUGGUAAACGUCGAGCGAUCACUCUUGUCGUCGUUGAUGCCGUGUACUUUGUAACAACGCACAAGUUGUUAUAGUGACUGGCAAACGGCGUUCGAAGGUUUCGAGAUGCGCGGAUUGCGACCUUGCCUGUGACCAAAAAAAAAUAAUGAACAAACGCCUCUCCGUGGCAUUUAUUUUACCUGUUCUCUAUAUUUGUUACUUGAUACGAAGGAAAUUAAAUUAUUAUGUUGCCAUACGUAUACACACGCACACGCAUACACGAUAUCGUCGAACAUUUGUAAACCGGAAAUGCAAAACGCGAUGCAAAUGCUAAUUUUUCCUCCCUUAUUACAACUUUAUCCAUUUCAUAUUCUUUGCAAAGAGAGCUUUUAUUUUACAAAAAUCGUGGGUGUAUUUUAUUAUAUUUAUUGUGUCAUGGCACCCAAAAUUACUUCUGCCUUUAUUUUUAUAUAAUUAUGACAAUUUUAUAAUUACUCUUAUAAGCUAUUUGAUUAAUAGCUUCUCAAUUAUGUGCAGUUUUUUUUCUUCAAUUCUUCAGAAAUUAAUCUCUUUUCGGCGCUUGCAUAAUUUUGCGUGUCCGAUCUACAAUUAGAACUAGAUUUAUUGUAGUUGAAAAAGAUCUGACUAUUUUUGUGUCUAUGUAUUACUCAACAUAGCUUAAGCACAUGAAUGUACCUUGCGAUAAUUGACUUUCUUAAUAUAUUCUACGAGCAAAUUUCCUCUGACAACAGACGGAAGGACAAGGAGGGGAAAAAAACAGAGGAGGAACGGAGUGAGAGAAACAAAGGAAAUAGCCGUCCGUAAUAAUCGAAAAUAUAGAAACGUGUUCGGCUGAAUUCGAGGGAGAUGCUGAAAGAAAUGAUGAUACGUAAAAAAAUAUAAUGAUUGUUGUUAACUAUAAAAAUCGCGUGCCAUCGGUUUUUUUUUCUGUCAGUAUCUCGCUCAAUUCAACCGCUUCACACUUCCACGUACCAUCGCUAACUUUAUCGUUGACUUUAUAUAUAUAUAGCGAAAUGUAAGAUAUAUGUUACGUUGUUUGUCGUUACCGUUAAACGGCUUUACACAUUGUGAAAAUUCUUGCGUAAGAUAUAGAUAUCGCGAAUCGCUUCGUUCUAGGAUUACGUAAUAACGCCCCGCGCCCCGAAUUUACCUCCGAGUAUACAUGAGUAUAUAAAUCGUGUGAAUCGUUGUUAAAUUUAUUGUCUUUCGAUUAGACUUAAUCGGCACUGUUUUGCGUCAAAUCCGUCAAAAAGGAGAAAACCGGAAACGCGACACACAUCAGGCGACCGUAUAUGGAAAUGUGAAUGUUAAUUUUUUUUAUAUAUAUAGUUUAUUGGACACUCGGAUAUAAAACCAUCGUUCUAACGGGAUGAUUGCAUAGCAGAGAGUCUAGCGAAGCACAAUUAUGAAGUUACCAUCGCCGCAACGCCAAAUAAACACGAUCUCGCGCAAGAAUUUAACCGUACGCUCGGCUUCGUUAGCGCUUUACACCGAGCAUAUUAUUUCGCACGGAUACUCGCGUGAUCUAGUUUUGCGUAAUUUUAAAUAGCGUUCGUUAGUUUUGUACAGCGUUGUUAUAUCUGGGUGUGCAUCGCUCGAUAGUGCAGGGCCUCUAAGUGACGAAUCGUGCGUACAGACAGACGUGUAAUUAAUUGUUAGGGAGGAAAACCAAAGAGAAAAUCAAAAGGGCGAAAGGUGGGCGAAUUGCAGAAUCGUCGGGAGGUGUUCGACGAUCGCGAGAGACCCGCGUUUGUCUGUAUACUCGUAUAUUCCCGAUGUUUACUGCGUUUCAAAUUGUGCUGAUUCCGCUUGACGUGAAUUACUUAAGCCUAUCUCGUCGCAAUAUAGAUACCUGGUACGUGGAUCUAUGUGCGUGCGUGUGCGAGUAGUGUGCGUGUAGAGAUGAUGAUGCGUAUGAGGAGCGGUUCCCUUCCACGAUCUUUACAAUUGUGAUAGAGAAGAAGCGCGCGUGUGCAAAAUCGGCCGUCUGUUCUCGGAGAGACCUUCAAUUAAGCGACCCCUGCAAUUGAUUGAAUCGGCAAAUUGUUUUCGACGAGCAGAGAAGAAAAUUCACCGUUACAUGUUAACUUCGACCGUUCUCUUUUGCAACGGGGGAUGAGGACGAGAAGUCACCGCUCGCGAUCUCGCGUAUCCCAUUUUCGCGAGUCCGUUGCCAAAAAAAAAAAAGAAAAGAAAGAAAGAAAAACCAAGGCCCGUUCUGCACCCGCGCCAUUAGAUAGAUGUAUUUAGCGAGCGUUACAAACGAGCAUUAUUUAUUUCUUGUAUUUAUAUCUCGUCAACUGUAGAAAAUAUUAACGUUAGUUUUAUGAA